AUGGCGCCCGCGCAAGUGCGUCCUCUGCUUGUGCUUGUGGGGCUGCUGGUCCUCUACGCGAUGUUUCUGUUCCGCGACGUGCGCUUCGACCCCGUCCCGCCGCCGCUGCCCCUCGCGGCGCUGACCGCGCUGGGCAGCCUGGACGCCCCGGCGGCGGCGGGCAGCAGCGCGCUGGCGCUGAUGGCUCCGGACGGGCUGUUCCAGGUCGGCGACUGGGUGCAGAUCGGUGCCCCCAGCGAGCCCGAGAAGGAGCUGCAGGCGGUAGCGAACAUCGCGCCUGGCGCCGUGGGCCUCGCUUCUACCCUGUUCUUCUCGUACCCUGCUGGCACUCCCGUGUUCAGGGUACUUCCGCAGGCGAUCAACCAGAGCCUCCUGAGUAGCAUCAGCCAGGCCCUGCCGGCCGGGGUCUCCUUGCCGCCGCAGCUGCCCCCGAGCACCUUCUCUGCGACCACGACCUCGGCGCUGGCGACCUCGGCGCUGGCGACCUCGCCGCCGCCACCGACCACGUCGUCGGCGACCACGACGCCGACGCCGCCACCGGUGAACGCCCUGACGCCGCCCCCGGACGAGACCCUGCCGACGCUCGCGCCCGUGCCCACGGUGUCGUCGGACGUGGCCUGCAGCCAGGAGUGCACCCUCGACGGCAACGCCGGGAUGUGCAAGGACCUCGUGGCCGACCUGGCCAGGGGCCCGCUGUACGCGAGCUCGGGCCCGUGGGAAGCCUGCGAGUCCGCGCUGGAGACGGUGCUCGAAGAGUGCCCUGAGUGCCAGGGCUGCAGCCACGAGGAGGCGUGCGAGGAGCAGGUCUUCGCGCCGACGGGGGCGCCAGGCGCCUGCACGGCGCGCGCGCGCGCAUCGGGGAGGGGCGGGACCCCGAGGUGGCGCCGGCCCCGCCUGCGCCCGGAGCUGCCACAUGCGGGGCGCGGAGCCCGCGACGUGCCAGGAGAGCAUCAUGUUAGCAGCCAAGAGUGCCGACCCGGACCACGACCCUUGCGACGAGGCCUUCGCAGCUGUGGUACGUCAAUGCGGCGCGUGCAAAGGGUGCAACCCGGUGCUCGACGCUGGGUGCGGAGAGGCGAGGCCGGACCAGGACCCGUUCAACUGCAGCGUCCACAGCACGUGGCAGACCAC